GGGGACAAUGGGCCGCAGCUGGAGCCACUCCCCGCGGAGAGAGCGCCGCCACUCGAGAUCGACGUCGAGGGAGCGGGAUCGAGCCAGACGCCGCGAGAGGUCCAGGUCCCGGGAGCACAGAAGGAGCCGCUCCAUGUCACCUCACAGAAGGCGGUCCAGGUCUCCAUGGUGACACAAGUCCAGCUCCGCCUCUCCGUCACGACAGAAAGACCAGGAGUCGAAAGAUCGCGAGAUCUCAGAGGCUGACAUGGAGGGAAAGACAGAAGAAGAGGUUGAGCUGUUGAGGGUGAUGGGCUUUGACGCUUUCGACACCACCAAGGGCAAGAAGCUCGAAGGUUCUGUUAAUGCUUACGCUGUUAAUGUGCAACAGAAGAGGAAAUACCAGCAGUACAUGAACAGAAAAGGCGGAUUUAACAGACCGUUGGAUUUCAUUGCGUAACUCCUUUCCAGGUCUGGCGAUACCUGACAUUCUCGACCC